AUGGCUCCGAGACAGCGGCGGUGUAUGUACAGCACCCGAACGCCUAGAACGACGCUGGCGCGAACGGCCCCGUGUCCUCAAACCGUCACCGCGGUAUCUGUCAUCGGAACGGCGAGACGAGCGGCCAUGCGAACCACUGCGCAACCGCCGUCGCGAUUGCCCACGAGGGAGGCCCCGCGAGCGGCUUCGCGAGCGGCUCCGCGACUCGUUGACGCUCCCAUAACAAGACCACUGGCGCGAGCGACUACGACCGCUACGCCUGCGUUCCAGACCGUCAGCCUUACGCGACGCACUACGAGAACAACGUCCACGAGACCUACGACUCCGAGACCGUCUUUCCCGCGGAACACGGCCGUGCCUAUCACGAACGCGUGA